AUGGCGAGAAGGCUUCUGCAGCUCCUUGCCUUGUGGACUACUGUGAUCGGUAUUGUGCAGUGCUGUCCAGAGCUAUGCAGCUGCCAGGAUAAAUUUUCCCAUCAGUUUGCUGACUGUGCUUACAAAGAUCUGCUAGUGGUACCUGUGGGUCUACCCCUUAAUGUUACCACUGUGAGCCUAUCUGCUAAUAAGAUCAAAUUACUGAAAAGUAAAAGUUUCAUCAACAUUACUCAGGUCACCUCUCUCUGGCUGGCCCAUAAUGAGAUAGUAACCAUAGAAACGGACACCUUGGCCCCCCUGAUUCAGCUCCGCAACCUUGACAUCAGCCACAACAAAAUUGUGAACUUUCCAUGGGAGGAUCUGCACAACCUCAAUGCCCUGCAGCUUCUGAAAAUGAACAACAAUGAAAUGGUGAAUCUUCCAAAGGAUGCCUUCUCUACACUCAAAGACCUGAGGUCGCUGCGCAUUAACAACAACAAGUUCACCACUAUUGUGCAAGGAACCUUCAAUGCUCUCUCUUCCAUGUCGCACCUUCAGAUUUUUAACAACCCCUUCACAUGCUCCUGCAACCUGGAAUGGCUGAGGGACUGGAUCACAACAACCAAGAUUGCUGUUCCUGAGCCAAACGCCAUUUUAUGUAUGUCACCUGAACACCUGAAAGGUACAAUGAUUACAAAAAUCCCCAUACUGGACUGUAAGGCCCCUACUGUCACAAUAACCUACCAGCCCAAUCUUGAAAACACAGAGGUCAUUGAGGGCUCCAUGGUCAUUUUAACCUGUGAAUCAAAAGGAAGCCCCAAACCACAAGUCAGCUGGGAGGUGAAUGCAGGAAAUCAAAAUGUUUUAUUCCCCUUGCCCACCACUAUAGACACAAACGAUAUGCCAAUCAAUGAUAAAACAACCAACGAUCGAUUUCUCGUCUUUCAAAAUGGCACGCUAAUCAUCCCUCACAUGAGUAAAAAGGAAGAUGGAAAUUACAGCUGCUCUGCAGUGAAUGAUUUAGGGAAGGCAGAGAGCAGUGUUAAAGUAUCUCUGGCAGUCACCCAAAAACAUGCCACUAAGUCAACAGUUGAAUCUACAGUGGACAAGAUCCGCCCUUCUGUUACAAAGAAUACAGAGCCCAAGACCUCCAAGAACAAUGUGAUCAACUGGUCUAAGUCUGAAGAAAACUCAAAGUUCAGUCCUGAAAGCUCUUCAGAUAAACAUGAUGGAAUUGGUGGUGGUUCAAAGGUCCCCACCUUUGCAAGCAAAUGUGGUGUGAGAGAUAGCAGUGAAUACAUCUCCAACCAUGCCUUCAACAUGAGCUUGGAUGACCUGAAGCAGUACACUUUUGAUUUUGGUGUUAUUGCACUAGAAGUGUCAGAGACGGAGGCCAAAGUACAGCUGAAUCCACUGCAGCUUCCUAGCAGCAAAUCCAACCUUCAUCUCAGUCAAACUGGAAACUCAGAAGCAGUGAAUAAAGAGGUUUUGGGUCUGCUUCAGUCUGCAUCCAGCAAAACCACCCUGGACAUGCUCUACCUCUGUGUAAAUACGGGUAAAGGACACUCCAUGGUUCAAUGGUCCAAUAUAGAGGAGGGGGUUAAUUCCUACCGCUUCCACGGUUUACAGCCUGGCACCAAUUACACACUUUGUCUCACCUAUGGGGGGCAGGACUGCCAAGUCCAAGUUGUCUUUACAACUAGGAAGAAGAUCCCCUCCCUACUUAUCAUUGUAAUUGUCAGCAUUUUCCUAUUGGGUCUGGCAACUGUGCCCUUGCUGGGGGCCACCUGCUGCCAUCUAUUAUACAAGUACCAAGGAAAGACCUACAAGCUGAUCAUGAAGACUCAGAAUCCGGAUCAGAUGGAGAAACAAAUGACUGGAGAUUUUGAUCCCAGGGCAUCUUUUGUGGAGUCAGAAAAAACCUUCAACCCCAGCGAGUUGGGAGAGGAGGAGGGAGAGGCCGACGGAGACGAAGGAGAUGGAGAAGGAGAGGCUGAGGGCAGCGUGGUGACAGAGUCCAUCCCUGGAUCCUCAUCCAAAACCAACCAGGAGGAGUUCGAAGUGGGCUCCGAGUACAGUGACAGAUUACCACUGGGAGCAGAGGCAGUCAACAUUUCGGAGGAGAUCAACGGCAACUACAAGCCCCCAAGCCGCUGAGCUCCUCUGAUGUCUGCCAGUGUAUUGUAUAAUAUUUUACUUUAAAGUAGCCUACAUUCAAUCAGGUAACUCACCCACCAUUACUACACGUGAAAACAAUGGCAUCGAUAUAAAACGGUGACUUUUUUUAUUUUUUACCUCAGAAAGUACUCCGUCAUUCACUGAGAUUGUGAAUUGAUUCAUGUGACAUUUGUAGUCUGCUGUAAGUUUACAGUGCAAGUACAAAUUUCUACAGUUUAUCAGACCUCAAAACUGGACAGGAAAGCAACAAAAUGUUCCCUUUCUGCAGGACAGACACAGAUGGGCAUGGGUGCAAAUUGUCCAUAUAAGGUGAGACGCGGAGCUCGCCGGAGUUAUGCGUAAUUUGAUGGCAAAAGGUGAAAAGUAUUAUCACCAAGAGCACA